ACUCUGCAGUUUACAGAACCUCUCACUCUUUCUUUCUUUCUUGUUCAACUGGUUUCAGAGAGCUAAUUUUGACUACUGGUCAUACCCACUCACUCACCCACCAUCUUUCCACGGCAAUCGAAGCUUUUUUCUUUUCUUUAGCUCACUCUCUUCUCGAUGCUGCUUUAAACCACAACCGACAUCCGGUCAGCGACGCACCCUACAGGGAAUAUCACAUGUGUGUGUGAGCUUUAGUCUUUCUUUGGAUCUUUGUUUCGAUGAUUCAUUGUCACGGGGAGACUCCAACCACCUGAUUUUGAUGUGAGAAAGUUUGUUGGGCGGUUUGAGGUGCGGAAAUGGCGGAGACUGGUAAUAGUGGUGGUGGGGAAGGGAAUGCAAUGCCGGAGGCGGAGAAGAAGAAGGAAGAGGCGGUUCCGUUUUUUCAGCUGUUUUGUUUGGCGGAUAAGUUCGACUGGGUUCUUAUGAUCUCCGGGAGCCUGGGCGCCAUUGUUCACGGCUCUUCAAUGCCCGUCUUUUUCCUCUUGUUUGGGGAGAUGGUUAAUGGCUUCGGGAAAAACCAGGCGGAUUUCCACAAGAUGACCCAUGAAGUUUCCAAGUACGCUUUGUAUUUCGUGUAUCUUGGUUUGCUGGUCUGCGUGUCAUCCUAUGCAGAGAUUGCGUGCUGGAUGUACAGUGGGGAGAGACAGGCUAGCGCUUUGAGGAAGAAGUAUUUGGAGGCGGUGCUGAAACAGGACGUUGGAUUCUUUGAUACAGAUGCCAGAACUGGGGAUAUUGUUUUCAGUGUCUCAACAGACACUCUUCUGGUUCAGGAUGCCAUUAGCGAGAAGGUGGGGAAUUUCAUUCAUUACAUCUCAACAUUCUUGGCUGGACUGGUGGUCGGUUUUGUGUCAGCAUGGAGGCUAGCUCUGCUCAGCGUGGCUGUGAUUCCUGGAAUCGCUUUUGCUGGGGGGUUGUAUGCCUACACCCUCACCGGCCUCACCUCCAAAACUCGAGAAUCGUAUUCCAAUGCUGGUAUCAUUGCAGAACAGGCCAUUGCACAAGUGAGGACCGUGUAUUCAUAUGUGGGUGAGAGCAAGGCGCUGAACUCGUAUUCAGACGCAAUUCAGAAGACGUUGAAACUUGGUUACAAGGCCGGGAUGGCUAAAGGGUUGGGUUUGGGAUGCACUUAUGGAAUAGCAUGCAUGUCGUGGGCGCUAGUAUUCUGGUAUGCUGGCGUUUUCAUUAGGAAUGGUCAGACCGAUGGCGGGAAGGCAUUCACUGCUAUUUUCUCGGCCAUUGUUGGUGGCAUGAGUUUAGGUCAGUCGUUCUCCAAUCUCGGGGCGUUCAGUAAAGGCAAAGCUGCAGGAUACAAAUUGUUCGAGAUGAUAAAACAAAAACCAACAAUAGUUCAAGAUCCUACCGACGGGAAGUCCUUGACUGAGGUCAAUGGAAAUAUCGAGUUCAAGAACGUAACCUUCAGCUACCCUUCAAGGCCCGACGUUUUUAUCUUCAGAAAUUUCUCCAUCUUCUUCCCCGCCGGGAAGACAGUUGCAGUUGUUGGCGGGAGUGGCUCAGGGAAAAGCACUGUGGUUUCGCUAAUAGAAAGGUUCUAUGAUCCUAAUGAAGGUGAAAUUUUGCUGGACAAUGUGGACUUAAGGACAUUGCAGCUAAGAUGGUUGCGAGAUCAGAUUGGUUUGGUGAACCAAGAACCUGCACUUUUCGCUACCACCAUACUUGAGAACAUACUCUAUGGAAAGCCCGAUGCAACGAUGGCCGAAGUGGAGGCCGCUGCCUCUGCUGCUAAUGCUCAUGGCUUUAUUACCUUGCUGCCGAAUGGGUACAACACUCAGGUAGGAGAGCGUGGUGUCCAGCUUUCGGGCGGGCAGAAACAGAGAAUAGCGAUUGCGAGAGCUAUGCUAAAGAACCCCAAGAUUCUCCUGCUGGAUGAAGCUACGAGCGCCCUUGAUGCAGGUUCAGAGAGCAUUGUUCAGGAAGCUCUUGAUCGUCUGAUGAUUGGCAGAACGACUGUAGUGGUUGCUCAUCGGCUUUCUACGAUUAAAAAUGUUGAUUCCAUUGCAGUUAUACAGCAAGGGCAAGUUGUCGAGACAGGAACUCAUGAAGAAUUGAUUGCCAAAGCUGGGGGGGCAUACGCUUCCUUAAUUAAAUUCCAGGAAAUGGUUGGGAACAGAGACUUUUCAAACCCUUCAACUCGACGCACACGUUCAACAAGGCUAAGCCAUUCACUUUCGACAAAAUCUCUGAGUCUCCGCUCUGGCAGUUUGAGGAACUUGAGCUAUUCUUACAGCACAGGAGCUGAUGGGCGCGUAGAGAUGGUUUCAAAUGCUGAAACAGAUAGGAAAACUCGAGCACCAGAUGGGUAUUUCUGCCGGCUUCUUACACUAAAUGCCCCAGAAUGGCCCUAUUCGAUAAUGGGUGCCGUAGGAUCUGUUCUCUCGGGUUUUAUCGGUCCAACUUUUGCAAUCGUGAUGAGCAAUAUGAUCGAGGUUUUCUACUACACGAAUCCCGCUACAAUGGAGCGAAAGACCAAGGAGUUCGUUUUCAUUUAUAUCGGAGUAGGUCUUUACGCCGUUGUUGCAUAUCUGAUUCAGCAUUAUUUCUUCAGCAUUAUGGGGGAGAAUCUCACUACACGAGUCAGAAGGAUGAUGCUGGCAGCAAUUCUAAGGAACGAAGUUGGAUGGUUUGACGAGGAGGAGAACAAUUCAAGUCUUCUCGCGGCUCGCUUGGCCACAGAUGCUGCAGAUGUUAAAUCUGCCAUCGCGGAGAGAAUAUCUGUGAUACUGCAGAAUAUGACAUCUCUCUUCACUUCAUUCAUCGUUGCAUUCAUAGUGGAAUGGAGGGUCUCACUACUCAUUCUCGCCACGUUUCCCCUUCUUGUUCUUGCUAAUUUUGCUCAGCAACUCUCCAUGAAAGGGUUUGCAGGAGACACGGCGAAAGCGCAUGCGAAGUCGAGCAUGAUUGCAGGGGAAGGAGUAAGCAACAUUAGAACCGUGGCGGCCUUCAACGCCCAAGAGAAGAUCCUUUCUUUGUUCGGGGUAGAGCUUAGAGUUCCGCUGAGGCAAAGCUGUCGCCGCUGCAAUCUGUCUGGUUUCCUGUUUGGUCUCUCCCAGCUCGCCCUCUACUCUUCUGAAGCGCUAAUCCUAUGGUACGGUGUGCACCUCGUCAGCAAGGACCUGUCAACAUUCUCGAAAGUUAUUAAGGUUUUCGUGGUCCUGGUAGUAACGGCCAACUCAGUAGCGGAAACUGUCAGCUUGGCUCCGGAGAUCAUCAGGGGCGGUGAAGCAGUAGUCUCGGUUUUCUCCAUCCUCGACCGCCCAACGAGGAUCGACCCUGAUGAUCCUGAUGCUGAUCCUGUGGAUUCAGUUCGCGGGGACAUUGAGCUGCACCAUGUCGAUUUUGCAUACCCAUCGCGCCCGGACGUGGCUGUGUUCAAGGAUCUUAGCCUCAGGAUCCGGGCGGGUAAGAGCCAGGCUCUUGUUGGUGCCAGUGGUUCAGGAAAGAGCUCUGUCAUUGCGUUGAUCGAACGGUUCUAUGAUCCAAUCUCUGGAAAAGUUAUGAUUGAUGGGAAAGACAUAAGGAGGCUCAACUUGAAGUCUCUGAGGCUUAAAAUCGGGCUAGUUCAGCAGGAGCCAGCGCUGUUCGCCGCCACCAUUUUCGACAACAUAGCUUAUGGUAAAGAGGACGCAACAGAAGCAGAAGUCAUGGAAGCAGCUCGGGCAGCGAACGUGCAUGGCUUCGUCAGUGCAUUGCCCGAAGGGUACAGAACGCCGGUCGGGGAGAGAGGAGUCCAGCUCUCGGGCGGCCAGAAGCAACGAAUCGCCAUCGCCAGGGCGGUUCUCAAGAACCCCGCGAUACUUCUACUAGAUGAGGCCACGAGUGCACUGGACGCCGAAUCAGAGUGCGUGCUGCAAGAAGCGCUCGAAAGGCUGAUGAGAGGCAGAACCACCGUUCUGGUGGCGCACCGGUUGUCAACCGUUCGGAACGUGGACAGUAUCGGAGUGGUGCAAGACGGGCGCAUUGUAGAGCACGGCAGCCAUUCCGAGCUCAUCAGCCGCCCAGAAGGAGCAUAUUCAAGACUCUUGCAAUUACAGCACCAUCGCAUAUGAUGCAGAAGGCCAAUCUAUCAUUUCUUUCUGUCCCCCCUUCCUUGUAUUAAAAGAAAAAGGCCAUCCAAUCUUCUUGGUAAUGAGUGUGAGGCAACUAUAUAUAUAUGUUCAGAUGCCAUUAACAGUUCUUUGUUGAUGAUAAUGAUUGCUGUAGAUAUGAAGUGCAACUCCAUUUCCCAAUGGAGAACAUAAAAUAUUCGAUGAUGAUGAUGAUGAUGAGCCAUAUCUAUGAAGCAUCAUAAAUCUUUUCCCUAUCUGUAAAAAGGCUGGUUGGGUGAAAUGAUUAACAUGAAUGUAUUUGCUGAUAUGUAAUUUUCAACCUUGGAUGAUAAUAUCAAGUCAUCUUUUUCCUUUUGA